AUGAAAAAGGCGCACGGACCGCCUAACAUGUCUCCCGAAGUUGCCAGCGGAGCAGCAGGGAAUGGCUUUCUGUUCAUCCCAAGAAACCGCAUGCACGAAUCUCUCAUGCUCUUCGACUCCAUCUGUAACAACAAAUUCUUCAUCGAUACCUCCAUCAUUCUCUUCCUCAACAAGAAAGACCUAUUUGCCGAGAAGAUCAAGAAAUCGCCUCUGACCAUCUGCUUCCCUGAAUACACAGGUCCCAACACCUACGAGGACGCGGCCGCCUACAUCCAAGCACAAUUCGAAAGCAAAAACCGCUCCCCCAACAAGGAGAUUUACUGCCACAUGACGUGCGCCACAGACACGAACAACAUCCAGGUGGUAUUUGACGCCGUCACCGACAUCAUCAUUGCCAACAACCUGCGGGGCUGCGGCUUGUACUGACCCCGGCGGCGCAAAGCGACUUCUUUGGUGGCGGUCCCGGCGCCAGGAGAGAAAAGAAACAAAAAAAUAACGAAUAAAAAAAAAAAAACAACCCAACCCAACGCAACCACACACAGACACACACAAACACACGCGCGCG